AUGUCCGACAAAAUUAGGGAGUUCGCUGAGAUUCCUCAAGAGUUCGUCAAAGAUGGGAAGCAGUUCUUGACUCGCUGUACGAAGCCGUCACAGAAGGAAUUCCUCCAGAUUUGUAAGGCUGUUUCUAUUGGGUUCGCAGUCAUGGGUUUCAUUGGCUACUUUGUCAAACUUAUUCACAUACCCAUCAACAAUAUUCUUGUGGGCGGCGCAUGA